CUGAGCGUGAGGGGCCACAGGGCUGUCCGUUCACAUCUUGUGUUAUGUAGUCCCUUAGAGCCAGACCUGGCACCAUGGCUACGAAGAACCAACAUUUAAGGGUCCUUUGGAGUGGAAGAGGGGACUGGUUUCUGUAAAUUCCUCCAAGCUGACUCAUAACUGGAAGAAAAACUCCGCGAGACUACUUACAUCACCGGAAGGCUUUGUGUAUGCGUGCGUGGCGGCUGUUGUUGUCGGUAGUGUCUGGCUAGCAGCCGUACAUCUCCAGCAUUGUUAGGGAGUCAAUAUAGCGUGCAUACAUCGACGCUAAGCUAGCGGGGCUGCUAGCUUGGCUGGUUUGUUUGGUGGGAGCUUGUGUGUAUGUGAUGUUGUCCGUGCUGUCGUACGGUAGACUGGUUGCCAGAGCUGUCAUCGGCGGACUUUCUCAGACAGACAGCCGCGACUACAGCCUGGUGACAGCAAGCUGCGGCUUCGGCAAGGAUUUCCGCAAAGGUAUUCUCAAGAAAGGGAUGUGCUAUGGGGACGACGCUUGUUUCAUCGCCCGGCAUAGGUCCGCGGAUGUUUUGGGUGUAGCAGAUGGAGUAGGUGGAUGGCGCGACUAUGGAGUGGACCCAUCUCAGUUUUCGGGCACACUGAUGAAGACAUGUGAGAGGCUGGUGAAGGAGGGACGGUUCAUUCCCAGCAACCCUGUGGGAGUCCUUACAACCAGCUACUAUGAACUGCUGCAGAACAAAGUGCCACUACUGGGUAGCAGCACAGCUUGCAUUGUGGUUCUAGACCGGCAGAGCCACCGGCUGCACACAGCCAACCUUGGAGACUCGGGUUUCCUGGUGGUCCGGGGAGGGGAAGUGGUCCACCGUUCAGAUGAGCAGCAGCACUAUUUCAAUACGCCCUUCCAACUGUCCAUCGCUCCCCCGGGGGCUGAAGGAGCUGUCCUCAGUGACAGCCCUGAUGCAGCAGACAGCUCUUCCUUCGAUGUCCAGCUAGGUGACAUCAUCCUUACCGCAACUGAUGGGCUAUUUGAUAACAUGCCUGACUACAUGAUCCUGCAAGAGCUAAAGAAACUCAAGAACACAAAUUAUGAGAGCAUCCAGCAGACUGCACGGAGCAUUGCUGAACAAGCCCACGUGCUGGCGUAUGACCCCAACUACAUGUCGCCUUUUGCACAGUUUGCCUGUGACAAUGGACUGAAUGUAAGAGGGGGAAAGCCUGAUGACAUCACAGUGCUGCUUUCCAUCGUGGCAGAAUACACUGACUAGAGUUUGUGCAAAACUGUGGCAGGGAUGCAUCCGCAGGCGAUAGACUGCUCUGAUUCCUGCUGGCCAGGAUGAAGGACCAAUGUCUCAUGCUUCCCCCUGCAUGUAUGACUCUACUCCGCCUUAGCGCCCCAGCUGACCAUCGAUUCUUUCUACCCUUCCCUUUGAAAAACUCAGAUGCCCUCUCCUCUCUGAUCACAAACAGCAGAGAGUGAAUAAAUAAGGAAGACUGAAGGCCCGAAACAUCCUUUUGGCCGGGUGCAGUGUUGGCAUCUUUGCAGUUUUCCACUGCUCACUAGAUAAUCCCAUUGCGUGGGAUAAGCAGUCAUUGGGCAACAAGGAGAUGAUGAUCCUGUCUGAUGAGGAUAAGUCGUCUUUCUUUGAUGGGUGGUUUGGACCGGGAGGAUGUUGGGAUGCAGAGACAGUGGCAGAUGUGGCAGGAAGCUAGGUGUAAGACUGUAAAAGCCCCCCGCCUGGCUGGACUGCUAGAAGGGAAAGGUACAGUCAUUAAGUAGUGUCAAGAAGGGAACUGUGCAGGAAAAGGCAGCAUUAGGGCUCAAUAAAUGGGCUGCCUUUUUGAAGCAGAUGUCCCUAAUAAUAUGGAGAUAGAUUCAAACAAAAACUUUGUCAAAGGGCCUGGAACCUUGUAUGUUUGUGCAGGGAGUAUAUGUUUGAUUGUAAGUUAUGACCUGUGUGCUGUUCUGUUGAAUGUUUGCAAAAGAAAUAGCAUACGUGACGUAUAAGUCUGUGGUUAGUGUCUUGGUAGGGUGAUCCAAUAAGAUUUCACAAGAGUGGCAGCUGCCUUUUCCAAGCCAGUGCAAUUUGGACAGAGCACCACAUUUAUUACUUCAUUACUGGGACAAUUAUUUUAGAGUUUCACCCCCAUAUUGUCCCUUUAAUCCCACAGCCGCUGCUGAAGUCUUGAUUGUGAUUAAAUGUGAUGGGUGUAUGUGUGAAGUGUGGGUUUUAUUAAUGCACUCAAUGCUCGUCAGUGAAUUGAAAUGUGUAAUAAGUGUCUAUGAGAUGGGUAUGAAGGCUGCAGACUUCUCCAUAUCCACUGGGCUGAUAAAGUCUCGCAGCCUUAAACGCACAAAGCUUAAGAAGCAUAUCUGAAAAGCUCCACACAAUGAAAGUUGGUCACGUGACCAAAUGUAUUUUUAUAACGUCUUUUCUUCAGUGGGAUUGUUGAAUUCUACAGACUGAUCAUUACAACAGAGUAGCUUUAGAACUUCUUCUCAAUCAACUUUUCCUUUCCUUCUCUCCAUCCUUUCUGCUGUAGAGCGCCAAAGGCACGGUCAUAUGUCGCGUCACUUCAGGAAACGUGAAAAAUGGUCAAUCAGUUUCCAUUUCAUCAUGACAGAUUUGCACUCUGCAUCCUAAUCCAGUUGAAAUAUUUCUUUGUAAAAUCUGUUUUGUAACAAUAAUGUGCCUUGUAUCAGGAUUCGUUGAUACUGGCAAACAUCCAUUAUUCCUUAAACCCUCAACUUUGUGCCAGGUACUGAGCACAAAGCCUGAAACUGUUACCGGUGAGUAGCCAUAUAAGUGAGAACAGCUUUCCCAUCAUGCCCUGCUGGUUUAACAUGUCUUCAUAUACAUGUCCACUCUUAUAAUCUGCUUCUCUGGGCUAGGUCAGAAGUUUGGGAGUAGCUAUUAAGCCAUCACACCAAGAAAAUCCUCCCUGUGGAUCUUCACUUGGAUGUUUACAUUCUGCACCAUCUAAGACUGUUUCCCCUUCUUCGUCUGAUUAAUUCAAAUUGGAUGACUUCAGUAUCAUUUUGAAAAGGGGCUGAUGGGCAGGGCAGAAUAGCUUAUGGUCAAAAAGUUAGUGUUUUAGCACUGAAGACAAUCUAAGCAGCCUUAACCGUUUUCAAAAGCAAUUCUCCUUGUCUGAUUUUAUGCCCACUGUCAUCAUGAGGUUUCUGAUUCAUAACUGCUCUUACACUUUACCCUAAAGUCUCUCAUCAUUCUCUUUCAAAGACUUUGUUACAACCAGAGCACGUGACUAUAUAUAUAUAUUUUGGGUGUACAGUUCAGUUGUGUAAGCUCUGUAAAAACAUUUUCAAAUCUGUAAAAUAUUUAAAUAAAGAGUAUAGUAUUUA